AUGGACGAGAGAAUCGACGGCGAGGACCGCGCUGUGACAGUGCUUGAGCGCUUGCUGACGGACGACCAGAUCCAGCAGUUUGUUGAGCAAGGCGUGCUCGUGGUGCCAGAUGUCUUGACGCCAGACCAAGUCGCAGAAGCGCGUCAGGGACUGCACAGUGAGUUGGCCAAGUACGGUGUGGACCACGAGAAUCUGCAAGAGACGGGGGCCAACCUGAAAAAGCUAUCGAGCACAGGCGGUGCUGGUGGCAUCCUAGACCUCUUUUAUCCGUCGUGGCGACUCAAGGUGGCCGAGCACGAACAAGUGUUUGCAGCUAUGACGGAUUUGUGGCAAGCAACGUACGCGCAGAACCAUCCAGACUUUCAGCACCCGUUCGGACCUUUUGAUGGCAAACGCGGAUACAUGUACAUCAACCGCGUCUGUUACCGCGUGCCAGACGAUGUUUCGAUCAAGUUUGCAGCCAAGGACGGCAACAAGAAGAAGGCGCGACCGAUGCAGCGGUCCCUGACGCCGCAUUGGGAUUGCUGUCCGUCCAACAUGUACGACUCGGGCAAGCGCGUCCCUCGGUGGCGACCGAUUCAGUGCAUCACUGUGCUCACCGACAACACCGAGCCCAACACUGGUGGCUUUGAAGCCGUGCCGGGUUUCCACAAGGAAUUCGCUGCCUAUGCGGCUAUUAGACAGCAAGUGGGUACAGCAGCAGCAGCAGCAGCAGCAACAACAGCAGCAGUGGUCGAAGAAGACUUCGGUAGCUCUGCCGGUCGUCCGCAGGUCUGUCUUGGCGACUUUUCGCCGCUGCGCAUGCAAGAGGACCGUGCGGUAAUCGAUCGCUACCGCCACAUCAGCUGUCGAGCCGGCAGUGUGAUCUUCUUUGACUGGCGCAUUCCACAUGCCAACAGCUACAAGCACGUGGGCACGUGUCCACGUGAGGUCAUUUACACGGGGUUUCUGCCCGCUACGGCCAUGAACCGCACGUACGCACGCGAGCAGCUACGCCGGUACAAGGCACGGUUUGUGCCAGUCGACCAUUGGCAAAAAGCUGACGCAGACGUCCCUCGUGUCACGGAGGACUUGUCCGUGCACACGUUCUCCGCUCUGGGGACUCGUCUCAUUGGGCUGUCGCCGUGGUAA